CGCACAUUCAUACGCUUCUCCUGUUCUAACACUCCUCGCUACACCUGACAUGCAAUGCGACUACGACGAUGCCAACUCUCACAAAACAGGUGACCGCCACGGAAUUGAAAAAGAGCGGGGAUGUCAAGAAGACGAUUAUUCACUAUCCAUUCUGGUUCGGCGGAAGCGCAAGUUCUCUUGCAGCAUGCUUCACGCAUCCAUUAGAUUUAGUUCAGGUCAGACUUCAAACACAGGCGCACCAUGGCGUGCGGAGGAAUAUGCUGCAGAUGUUUGUGCACGUUGCACAGGACGAUGGAAUCAAGGGUCUAUAUCGUGGUCUCUCUGCCGCACAACUCCGUCAAUUGACUUACAGCAUGACACGAUUUGGCGUCUAUGAAGAGUUGAAGGACAAAUUCACCACCUCAAAAAGUGAGCCCUCCUUCUUCACACUCGUCGCUAUGGCAUCUGCCUCCGGCUUCCUUGGUGGUGUAGCCGGCAAUCCCGGAGAUGUCCUCAAUGUGCGAAUGCAGCACGAUGCAGCGCUUCCUCCAGAAAAACGCCGAAACUAUAAACAUGCGAUAGAUGGGCUCAUUCGUAUGACAAAAGAGGAAGGCAUCCGCUCUCUAUGGCGGGGUGUAUGGCCGAACUCGUCUCGAGCUGUUCUCAUGACAGUCGGCCAGCUGGCUACAUACGACGGAUUCAAGCGCGCACUUUUGACCCACACACCGCUACAAGACAAUUUAAACACACACUUCACAGCAUCAUUCCUCGCGGGCUUCGUUGCCACGACUAUCUGCUCACCCGUAGACGUCAUUAAAACGCGCGUCAUGAGCGCCCAUGAUAAAAAAGGGAUAGGCCACCUAUUAGCAGACAUCUACCGCACCGAGGGGUUCCGGUGGAUGUUCAAAGGAUGGGUACCCAGCUUCAUCCGAGUCGGACCUCAUACCAUCCUCACUUUUCUCUUUCUCGAGCAGCAUAAGAAAAUAUAUCGAAAGUUGAAACAGUCGGAAUAGCGACAAGUACAUACGCGAGACUUCUUGUUUGUAUAGUUGGCCUCAGAUAUAUAGGGCAGUAUUUUCGUUUUUAGCAUACAUGUGCAUGUCUUGCAUUGAAAGGCGUUCCUGGGGCCUGGUCGGCUAUGCGUAGAAUUGGCACUCGGUAAUUGGAUAUGGACAUAUAGAUGGAAUACGGAGAUGGUACGAUUUUAAAUAUGGUCAACCAGUCUCGGUCCCGGGAGUUUGCUUGAGCUAAGUCAUGUCAUGUAACAAUUGGGCCCGCUGCAGCAUUUCCCAAACCCCCUCUCCUCUCUCCCCAUAAUCCUGGUAUGCUACUUUGGUCUCUCAAUUGACGCG